CCGAAACGAUUGCAACCACGAGAAACAACCAGGCUAACAUAGAAAGCGCUUUGAGCAUCUGAUCCAUGAGCGGUCUGUAUUGCGCAAGCUACUAAUCUUCGGUCGCCGCAAAUCGAGAAUUUCUCGCCGCCAGGACCUGUGCGCGCGACAAUACGGAACUUGUUAUUGUCUCUCCACAACCACAUUCUAAUAACCCAGAUAGCAGUUUGUAAACCUCAGCUAUAAACUGGCACAUCUUAACCAAGGCGAGCCCAAGCUUAUUUCCAUCCAAUACCGAUUUUCAACCCCCGCUCCUAGCCAUCUACAGCCACCAACCACUCGCACAGCUAUGGUUCCUAGCUCAAACACUCCAUAUAACCCGUCCGACAAUAGCGCACCUUUUAUGGUGCUUCCUGAACAUGUGUUCGGCUUUGUUGACCUGAAAACGUUGGCGGACAUACACCAGUAUCUUAGGGAGAGUGAAGCGGAAGAGGACAUCAUUCUAGCCAAUUGGGUCAAGGAUAAUUAUUUGUAUGAGCCCAUCGAUCAAGGAGGCAGGACGAUUCGUACAACAGAAGGCUUCCAAAAUCUGGACAAGGCUUAUCGUCGGGUGCGAUCGCUCACCAACAAAGCCCAAGACAAAUGGCCUUUCUUCGACAGAAGUUGGAAAUCCAUGCCUUCGGCUACUGUUAGGAACAAUGCGCGUGGCGAGGCUGCUCCGGGUGUCAGUCUGCUAGGCAUGAACUGUGAGCCGCGUGCUUCGCGCGUCACCAAUGGCUUUGAUACAACAAAACAUGGAGAUUCUCCGGCGCCACAACUUCAAGUUCCCUUCGGCAGAAAGCAACCAAGCAGGUACUGUCCUCGGCCUUCUCAACAGACACCUAUUCCACUUCCUGCCAACUCCAAGAAGCAAGCAAAGCCUGAAGAUCAAUCGGACUCGAUAAAUCAGCCGACUCCACUGAAGGAACUGGAAGCAGAGCAAGAGCACGAGGAACAGUCUGAGGCCAAUUCUCCACAAGAACUUCCCACAUCUACAGAUAUCUUUUCCGGGUCAAAGAUCCAAGCGAUGCCUCUAUCAAAGCCAGCGCCAAACGACGAACCUGAAAUGGUCCGAGCCGUAUCAGAAGUCUCAUCUUCAGAGCCAUUGGAUGUUAUCACGAUGAGCGAUCAGCCCGAACUCAGCAUUGAGUCAGAAGCAGAAGGAUUGCGAGAUGCGGGCGGCGGUAAGGUCCGUGGCCCGAAUGGACGCUAUCUACCAAAGGAUAAGUCCUCGCCUGCUUCAGCGAAGCCCCGGGGAAAGUCAGGCAGCGCACGGGUGAAGGACGUCAAAAAUAUGAAAUCUCUCGCGCCCAUGAGAACUACUCUUACAGAGGCUAGACAUAUGUCACGAGCCUCUACCGACGACGAUGUUCUUGUUUAUGUUCAAUCACCUUCUCCGUCAUCUCAAGACAAUGAGCUCGAGAAUAGUCUGAGUGCCCAGGCUGCACCUACCUUGAAGGCCGACACGCCUACCUCUAUUAUCGCUAGCGGUAAUGACAGGCCCACCGACCGGGCAGCUAAUAGUGAUCCUAACAACCAUACUCACUUCCACAACGGCACAUCAAACAGCUCUACUCCAUCACGAAUCCUCGCCGCCGAAGCUGAAGCGGUGGCAUCGAACCUCGAUAGACUUCCACCAGGUCUUGCUCGAGGUCCCAAUAAGCGAAAGAGUGAACCUCUGUCACAGCAGGGACCGCGUAAACGUGGCCGACCUCGUAAAUCAGAGCAGAUCAUGUGUUCCGACCAGAAGGCGGACAAAGGAACCGAGGAGAAUACGCAGCAGUCAUCGUCACAGGAUGCAACAGAGAAGCAGACACCCCGAAUGACGACCCGACGAACAACACGCCACUCUGCAGCGACCAUUUCAAAUGCCCCGAAGGAAGGAGAGAAACCAGCUGAGGAAGAUGUAGAUAUGGGUGGAAUCGACAUUCCUAGAGAGGAUAUACGGACUCCUAGACAAGAUAUAACACCCAGAGUCGAUACUAAACCCAAAUCCAGUGUCGAUACAUCACCCAGGGUCGAUUUAAUGACUGGAGAGGAUACAAAUGCUGGCCACGAGGGCCCUUCAGCCAACGACCUACUUGCUAUCGGACUUAGCAAAACGAGCUCUCCGGUUCAACGAUCAGAGCCGAGGCAGCCCACAGUCAUUGUCCAACCCAUGAAUGGCACCACAGAUGAUACUCCCGCUAAUGUACCCGACCCCACGCACACCCCGGGCCAUGUCGAGUAUUUUGCACGUGUUCAUACAUUUAAUGGGGGUGUGAUAGAAAUUCCAAUUGUGGCUGAAAAGGUCGACAAUGGCGAAAAUGAGCUGAUCAGGAAGUAUGCUGAGUGGAUGGGGCAAGAAGGUGGGAUGGAUAUCUCCUUCAAGCAAUUCCGCUCGAUCUUUGGUUUCGCGAAGAGGGGUUAAGUCAUUCCUAUCUAUGCGACAGGAAGGGCACGGGUGAUAAAAUGUAUAUUAGAGCGUUACGGCAUGCACUGAAAAAAACAUAUUCUUUACCAAGU